UGUUCCCGGCGUAGAGAGGGCCAACUGAAGACAGCUUGUCUUUGGAGAUAGUAGAGACGGGCCCUCCUUCCCACACAACCCAGGGCUGUCAGCAGUACAGUUGUUCAGGUUGACGGAGGAGACACCACUACUGAUGUUUCGAGCGCUUCGCAGAGUCAUGGGGGAGCAGGAGUCUACGGGAGGGCCUCAUUUUGUGGGGAAAAAGGACGAACUGAUUGAAGCGAAGCGCUCUUUCAGAACACUAGAUGGUCGGGAUGUACUGAUCAUCUACCAUGAGGGAGUCUUCCAUGCUAUGGACUCUUACUGUUAUCAUGCUGGGGGGAUGCUGCAGAAUGGAGACAUUGAGGAAAUUGACGGCAAGAUGUGCAUAGUUUGUCCGAGGCACAAGUACAAGAUCUCUCUGGCCAAAGGGGAGUGUUUGUACAAGGGCACAGACCCCAGGGAGAAGCCGCCUGUGCCCAGAUGGUACUCCAAGGGUGUGAAGCAGCGGAUCCACGCGGUCAUCGAGACCAACGGGGAUGUCUACGUCAGGCUCUCAGAAGAAACAAAAUGGAUUGAGUCAGACUACUACCAGGGAGAGAAGGGCAAGGAGGAGAGGGCCAAAGCUGAGGCUGCUGAGGAGGAGAAAUCUUGAUAGUGACACAAAUGACUGCAGAUGGCACCUCUGUAGUCUCUUUUUUGUCUCCCCUGAUCUCCUCUAAAUGACUGCAUGAUGAUUGUAUGGAGAGGGUCUCAGAUUAUUUAAUGACGUGCAUUUAGUGCUCCACUUCAAGUAAUCAGAUGGGCUUCAAUUGCCUUAAAUUGGCUCUGGUUUUGAAUGAGUUUGGGGGUAUUUAAAAUGUUUAACUACUUUAUUUCAAAAUCAUUAUGUAGUUCACUAAAUAAACUCUUUAUGGAUUAA